UCGGCUCCGCUGGUGGAAAGCAGAACAGAGUCGGGACUGCCCAGGUGGACCGGGCGCCCAAGCCAGCGCGGACCGGCAGGCGCACGGGCACCGCACCGGGUACCGCACCGCACCGUUCCGCGCGGGGCAGAGCGGAGCCGCAACCCCACGCGCCGCCCAGGACCCACUCGCCACCGCCGCCUCCGCAGCACCCAUGGGGACCAGGAGACUUUAAAGGAGUUUGGGGUUUCGGGAGCAGGGAAAUCACGGAUCCCCGCUCCUGGCCCUCGCCUAGCCGCGUCAUUGAUGGGCAACCAACUGGACCGCAUCACCCACCUCAACUACAGCGAGUUGCCCACAGGGGACCCGUCGGGGAUCGAGAAGGACGAGCUGCGGGUCGGGGUCGCCUACUUCUUCUCGGAUGAGGAGGAGGACCUGGACGAACGCGGCCAGCCGGACAAGUUUGGCGUGAAGGCCCCCCCGGGCUGCACUCCCUGCCCAGAGAGCCCCAGCCGCCGCCACCACCACCUGCUGCACCAGCUGGUCCUCAACGAAACUCAGUUCUCCGCCUUCCGGGGCCAGGAAUGCAUCUUCUCCAAAGUGAGCGGCGGCCCUCAGGGCGCCGACCUGAGCGUCUACGCUGUCACGGCGCUGCCCGCGCUCUGCGAGCCCGGCGACCUGCUGGAGCUGCUGUGGCUGCAGCCGGCGCCCGAGCCGCCCGCCCCCGCCCCGCACUGGGCCGUCUACGUGGGUGGCGGGCAGAUCAUCCACCUGCACCAAGGCGAGAUCCGCCAGGACAGCCUGUACGAGGCGGGCGCGGCCAACGUGGGCCGGGUGGUGAAUAGCUGGUACCGCUACCGCCCGCUGGUGGCCGAGCUGGUGGUGCAGAACGCCUGCGGCCACCUGGGCCUCAAGAGCGAGGAGAUCUGCUGGACGAACUCGGAGAGCUUCGCCGCCUGGUGCCGCUUUGGCAAGCGGGAGUUCAAGGCCGGAGGGGAGGUGCCGGCCGGCACGCAGCCCCCGCAGCAGCAGUACUAUCUCAAGGUGCACCUGGGCGAGAACAAGGUGCACACGGCCAGGUUUCACAGCCUGGAAGACCUCAUCCGUGAGAAGCGCCGCAUCGACGCCAGCGGUCGCCUGCGAGUGCUCCAGGAGCUCGCCGACCUCGUGGACGACAAGGAGUAGCCUUGUGGGGGGCCGCCUGCUCCUCCUGUCUCCCCGCGCCCCGCUCCCUUCCCCGCACCCGGGCCUCCCGGCCGGCGAUCCACAACCCCCGCCCCCUCGAGCGCCCUCCUGCGGCGGCCAGUGCCCAGGCUGCACCCUCGCACCCCUCCGGCAAGUGGCAGGAAGUCUCAGGAACUGGCCCCGGACCAAAGGGCAGCUGUGCGCGCCUGGCUGAGACCCCCGGUGGUGGUUACGGUGUCGGGACACCCAGCGUGCGCUUUCCCUUUGAGAUGUAACGGGGGAAAGGAGAAAGGGCUGAGGGGAGCAGGGACGUGGCUUUCCCCUCGGGUCACUAGUCCGUGACUGUCACCCGACCUAUUGUAAAGGGAACAAUCACCGCCCCAAACGCGCACACACAGACAGUCGGAGGUGAGAAAUUAUCUUUUCAGGGCACAGUUCAGCUCCUGUAUGAAUGUGUCCCCAGACUGCAGGAUUUCCAAGAAAUCGAGCCCGUCCCUUAGGCACUUGUUUAUAAUUCCACAAGCGAGCACUUCGGGACUCCGGGUUAUCCCGAGGCUGCCCGGCGCUCUUCCAGCUCUCCAGCCCCAAGUCUCCUGACAUUGUAUUCCAGGCUCCGGGCAAAGCUAUUGGGUUUGCUUCCACUCCUUUCCACCGAGGGAAGCGAACGCCACCCCCCACCCCAUUUGCCUGAGAGUCCCCCUCGCUGGCAGAAGGGAAGCCUUUCAGGUCCCGAGAGGAAAAUGGCGCAGCUAACUUGGUGAGGAGCGCGGGCCCCGCCCCUGGCAAGCGGAAGGUUCACCUGGAGUCUGGGAACUUGAAUUUGUGGAGAAGGUCCUUUGUUGUUCUGAAACCUAGAUUGCUCCCUCCUUGGGCUGCAUUUCAAAAACAGUCGUAUUUUUUAAAUGGUUGGCAGAGAGGGAGGGGGAAGACAUGGCAACAUUCCAGAAACCAGCAUUAUUACAGCACCAUAGCCAGCAUAUUUAGUUUGGCUUUUCCUAACACAGAAAUCUUAGAAGGUGGGGAAGUGGAAAUAAAGUUUUAAAAGUGAGAGAGCAGGUUUCCAACUAUGUCAACAAAGCCUAUCGUGUUGAUGUUUUUAUUGACCAUUUUAGCAACAUGCUAAUAAAAUUUCAAAUUGAAAUUUUUAUUUUCAUGGCUUUAAUCCAUGAUAGUUUAAAUACUGGGGGCCAUUAAGAGUGGACUUAGCUAAGAGCUUAGCUAACAUUGCCUUUUCACUCUAUUUUUCUCAAAUCUUAUGAGAAUUCUGUUUUUGAAUAUUGUAGUUAAUUUUUUGGCUUGAAACGGCAGCCCUAGCAGUGGUGAAGUUGUUAAUGUGUAUAUUGUACUGAAUUUCUGUCAGUUAAGGGGUUUACUGCUUUGGUGGAAAUUGCUAGCAAGUUCCCUGAGGUUUCUUUUCUCUGUGUUGUAUGCCAUUACCAUUUCACAUCUGUAUUUCUAUUUUUCUUCCUCUCCCCUUGAUGUCCUUAAGAAAGGAAUCCAGAAUUGGUGGCUUUCCCCUCCCCCCUCUUUAGCCAAUCCCACAAUCCAUUCCUGAAAACCAGAAAGGACUUGUAGGAUCAGGGCAAAUGAAGGCUGUUUGAAACCCCUUCUUUGGGCACGGACAUACCAACUUCUCUCCCUGUGCUGCAGCCCCCGCCUGACUGUUACUUGAUUCAGUGUUAGACACCUAGAGCAUCUAUGUCCCUUUCCAGGGAAUUUGUCAAAUAAUGGUGUUUAGCUAAUUGUUGCAAGCAAUUGCAUAUUGACAGCUGUGAGUUAGUUAGACGGCAAAUACAGCCAAAGCCAGUUUCUUGGCGUUUCAAAAAUAAUGCAAUAAAAACUAGUCGAGGUUAGCUGAGACUGGAAAUGCCUUUUUCUUGGUGAAAUGAUUCAUUUCUGUUUUGUUUUUUGGUUUCCAUCUUGGAUUCAUUCCCUGAUCUUGAAUCAAAAGGUCAGAUCAAUGAAAUAUGAACUAGAGUAUUUUUCUUAAGCCUAUUGAGUGAUUUAUUUUUUAAAAAAUGUUUAAAUGCAUAUGCUUUUCUUUCAGCACAUACAACAGCAAAACUUUUGUAAUAACUAACUUAACUUUGCAUGUAUGGAGAACUGAAGGUCACUUAUUUCCCUAACUUAUUCCUCCUUCAAAUAGCAGAUGGCAGAUCACAAACCGAAAUUCUUUAUUGUAUCUACCCUCUCCACAUUCUUUACUGUGUCCCCUCCUCCUGUACCUUGGCUCUCUGCAGUAUUAAACACCAUCCUAAACACUUGUUCGGUGGGACUCCUUCUUGACCUUACGUCCCCCACCUGUCACUCAGAGGGUGGGACUUGAGCAAAAGAAACGAAUCGGUUGAUCACACCUAACACACCUAAUUUAUCUGAUUUUUCUCUUACCGAGAGGGUCACAAUAACCGCACUGGCUUAGCAGCUUUAUAUGUGCUGAGACUAGACUGACUUAGGUAAAAGUAAAAGUUUGGCAGCCAAAGCAGCAUUUAUUCCUGUACUAGUCUCUUAAGGAUUGGGUUGAUGAUAAGACCUCUACAAAUUCACAACAGGAAAGCACUGGUUGCAAAGGAAAAUCCUGGUCCAUGUUAGUAACAGCCAAUGGCAAAGUAAUUCGGAUCAUAGUGCACCAUGGAGAGGGUAUUAUCAAGAUAUUAUCUAAUAGCUUUAUCAUGAAAAAGGGCAUUUUUAGGGAAUUAUUAGCAAUGUCAGUGAAACCAAAAAGGUGGAAGUUCCCUUGGGAGAUGGCACGGACAGACUUGAUUUUUAUUUUCAGUGAAUACUAUCUCCGGAUUUUAUCAGAGUUCUAAAAAUUAAAGCCAGAAGCUUCCUAAUGUUUUCAUAGAGGUCAGGAAUUUAGUUUUGGUUGUAGUUCUCGAGAGAGCAGAGCUUCCUAGAACCUUCCGUGAUGCUGAGUGUGGCUGAGCUGAGGUCGGGGCUGUGGCCUAUCUGGGAUAGAGGAAAAGACCCUUAUGCCUCCAUUCUUUCUCCACCCUCAGAGGCAGACUCUGAAAAGCAAACUACUACUUAAAAAAAAAAAAAAUUACAUCAAGGAGUGCUCUGCUAUACAUUUUGUUAUUUAAAAAAAAAUAGGGAGGAAGAGAAAGGAUGGGCAUAUUUUAAAC